UCUGGUCUCUCUGCUGGCCUUCUGGACCAGGCUGAGCCUCCUGAACUACCCAAAUGCAGUGGUGUUCGAUGAGGUGUACUACGGACAGUUCGUGUCUCUCUACAUGAAGAGGGUCUUCUUCAUCGAUGACAGCGGACCUCCACUUGGUCACAUGAUCCUGGCCCUUGGAGCAUACUGGGGGGGCUUCGAUGGGAAUUUUGUGUGGAACCGAAUUGGAGCAGAGUACCCCGGCGGUGUGAGCGUGUGGAGUCUGCGGCUGCUGCCGGCGCUCUGUGGAGCUCUCUGUGUUCCUCUGGUUUACCUGCUGACACUGGAGCUGAAGUUUUCCCACCUGUCGGCUCUGGGAGCUGCACUGUUGCUGCUGCUGGAGAACGCUCUGAUCGUCCAAUCACGUUUCAUGUUACUGGAGUCGGUUCUCAUCUUCUUCGUGCUGCUGGCCUUGUUCUCGUACCUGCGCUUCUACAACGCCCCCAACAGUUCCUGGUCCAGGUAUGGUUGGCUCCUCCUCUCUGGCGUUUCCUGUGCGGCGGCUGUCGGGGUGAAGUACAUGGCUGUGUUCUCCUACCUGCUGCUGGUGGGCGUGGCCUCUGUGCACACCUGGAACCUGAUUGGAGACCGAGCUCUGAGUGUGUGUGUUCAGUGUGUGUGCAGAGUUGUGUGUCUGGUGCUGGUUCCAGUUCUGCUCUACGUCUUCUGGUUCUACAUUCACCUGAGUCUCCUGAACCGCAGCGGACCACAUGACCAGCUGAUGAGCUCCGCCUUCCAAGCCAGUCUGCAGGGGGGUCUCUCCAGGAUCACUCAGGGUCAACCUCUGGAAGUUGCUUACGGCAGUCAGGUGACUUUAAGAAGCUCCGCCUCCCAGCCGGUCUCCUGCUGGCUUCACUCUCACAAAGCCAACUACCCAAUCAGGUAUGAAAAUGGGCGGGGCAGCUCGCACCAGCAACAGGUCACCUGUUAUCCCUUCAAAGACGUCAACAACUGGUGGAUCGUCAAACAUCCGGGCAGACAGGAUCUGGUGGUCGACACUCCCCCCCGACCUGUCCGUCAUGGUGAUGUCAUCCAGCUGGUUCACGGGAUGACCUCGCGCUUCCUCAACAGUCACGACGUGGCAGCACCCAUGAGUCCUCACGCUCAGGAAGUGUCCGGAUACGUGGACUUCAACGUCUCCAUGCUGGCCCAGAACCUGUGGAGGGUGGACAUCCCAAACAGGGAGGCGGAGUCAGAGGUGUGGAAGACGAUCCUGUCUGAAAUUCGACUGGUUCAUGUCAACACGUCAGCUGUUCUGAAGCUGAGCGGUGCGUCUCUUCCAGACUGGGGUUUCCAUCAGCUGGAGGUCGUAGCAGAAAAACACUUGAAGUCUCACAGCAGCAGUUUGGGCUGGACCGUGGAGGAGCACCGAUAUGGAACCAGUCAGGAGCAGAAGGAGCGGGAGGCGGAGCUUCAUUCUCCAACUCUAAUUGACGUCGACAGGAAAAUGUCCUUCUGGGCAAAGUUUGUGGAGCUGCAGCGAAAGAUGCUGACGAUGAAGCAGGAAGUGUCUGAGCACAAAUACAGCUCCGCCCCCUUUGAGUGGAUCACCAUGGAAACUAACAUCGCUUACUGGCUGCACGCUGCCACCAACGCUCAGAUCCACCUGAUUGGUAACCCUUUGUCGUGGGGCGCAGCCCACCUCAGCCUGCUGGCCUAUCAGCUGCUGGCAGCUGUGUACCUGCUGAGGAGGAGGCGGGGCUUCAAAGACCUUCCUGAUGGUGUGUGGCAGCAGUUUGUGCUUCUGGGCUGCGUGUGUGUCGGCGGCUGGUCGGUGAACUUCGUUCCCUUCCUGCUGAUGGACAGAACUCUCUUCCUGUAUCACUACCUGCCUGCACUGUGUCACCUGUACCUGCUGAGCCCUGCUCUGCUGGAGCACAUGUACACACACCUGCUCAGGGGGACACACCGACGUGCGCUCUCUGUGUGCACUUCAGCUGUUCUGUUGUCCAUCUUCCUGUCCUAUUGGACGUUCUGCCCUUUGACCUACGGCACCCCGGAGCUGACAGCCAAUCAGCUGCAGGCGCUGAAGUGGAGAAAUGGCUGGGACAUCCUGUAUCGCCGCCGCUAGAGACAGAGAGGUGUCGAGAGACACUGGAAGAUGCUGAUGAACGCCAUGGGACACGGUGACAGUUAGCUGUUGAGAGACACUUAGAGACGGUGGAAGACGCUGAAAGACACUGAGACAUGCUGAGACACCAGGAGACACUGGGACGUCCUGUACCUUCAAUGCUAGAGACGCAGCGGCUCACAGGGACAAAGUGAAACACGGAGACACCAGGAGACACCGGGACAUCCUGUACCAGCCCUGCAGGAGAGACGGAGACAAACAGAAGUGGUCUCAGGUUGUGAGCACGCUGCUCAGUCUGGAGGCAGCUGUGGCUCAGCAGCUGCUGAAUGAGCUGAAGUCUCUUCUUCCUCCUCAGACCCCCAGAGCUUUUCUCAGGCAGACACACAAGAACGAGACACUUCCUGUUUGUCCUACGGGCCUCCCCGGGACGAGGCCUGACCCACUUCCUGUGAAGGCCUCAGACGUCCUCUUGAGGAGAAAGUUCACUUGUUUAGUCAAUCGCUUCAGAAAGUGAAACUCACAAAUUACAAAGAUUCAUUCAACUCAGAGAAAUAUCACAUGUUCAGUUUUAGUUUUUUACCAUCUGUAAGUUAUCUCAUCAAAAUGAGCAAAGCUUGAAAUGUUCCACUCUGUGAUUCUUUUUCAUUCAACUUUUAUUUCUGCAGGUUAGACACAGAUGAGGUACAGACAACAAUUAAC